AUGUCACCUGCGAUUGUCGGCGCCUUGGCGUGCCAAAAAAACUCCUUUCUCAAGUCGUUGCUGACCACGGUCGUCUCCUGUAAGGAAUACCAGCCGAUUCUCAGCUCCAAAGAUAAGCAAAAUCAAAACCUGAAGGCGGAAUUGGCCGAAAAAGCCAAAGGGUUGUAUGCGGUCGAGUUGGAGGACACGAUUUUGUUCCCGGAAGGUGGCGGCCAGCCGCACGACACUGGAAUUAUCACCGUAGGCGCUCAAAAGAUUCCUGUCAGUCAGGUUCUCCGGGACAAGCUUGCAGCCGUGCAUGUGACUGCGGCGCCCAUUGAGGUGGGAGCGGCCGUGGAGGUGGAGGUCGACUGGGAGCGCAGAAUUGACAUCAUGCAGCAGCACACGGGCCAGCAUCUUCUCUCGGCAGUGUUGGACAAGUACAAGUUGGACACACUCAGCUGGUCGAUGGGCGCGCAGAUCAACUACUUGGAGGUGCCGCGCAAGAUCGAGGAUCACGAGAUCGAGGAGAUCAAGCAGAAAAUCAAUGAUCUUAUUGUGCAGAAUGUUCCGAUCGUGGUCCACACUCCAGACAAGGAUGGCCAUGACCUUGAUCUCUCGCACAUUCCAGACGACUACGACUUGUCGCAGGGAAUUGUGCGUAUCAUUACCAUCGGUGAUGACUACGACGUCAACCCAUGUUGCGGCACCCAUUUGUCUGCCACAGGGCAAAUCCUGGCGGUGUCUGUGUUGCACCAGACCAGCAUUCGUGGCGGCAACUCGCGCUUGCACUUUGUCUGUGGUGCCCGGGUGUCAAAUCUCCUCCUGUCGUACCACAAACUUCUCAAGGAUGUGUCUGGAUUGCAGUUGUCGUGUCUGAUUGACGAGGUGAGCCAAAAGGUUGGCGAGCUCAGUCAAUCGUACCGUAAGUCCACCAGUAGAGAGGCUUCGCUUCUCAAAGAAUUAGCAGCAUUGAGGGCCGCCGAGGUGUAUGCUCAGUUCGAGAAGGGCGAGAUUAAGGUAGCAAGUCUCUACCGUGAGGAUCUCAAGCUCGACUACUUGGCGCAAUUCCAGAAAGAGCUUACACUGUUGAUCAAUGCAAACCCUUCCUCUAGUGUCAAUUACGAUAACAACACAAUCAUCUUGAUCAACGGAGACUACAAGUCUGGUUUGGGCGGUACCGUCAAGGUAGUGGGACCUCUUGCAGAACAGGUUCAAGGUGACUUGAAGAAGCUCCUUUCUAAUCUUAAAGGAGGAGGCCGCGGAAACACAUUCCAGGGUAAAGUUACCAAGUACGAGAAGGGCGAGGUUGAGAAUGUUCUCAAAUACUUCGAGUCGCUUCACAUUUAA